AUGGCGAAGCGCGAAUCUUGGAUGGGCCGCGGGGUCCUCGUGCGAUGGCGGAAAGAAGGAGGCUUCGGUUUCAUCAAGCCUUCCGAUGGCAGCGGUGACCUCUUUUGUCAUGUCAGUCAGCUGAGACAAGUGGAAGGAAGCAUCAAGGAGGGCGACCGAGUCCGCUACACCGUGACCCAGGAUGGCCUGUCUGGGAAACGCAUGGCUGGAAACGUGGUCUUAGACUUCUCCCGUGGUAGCCGCAGCCGCAGCAGGCGACGACGGAGGUCCAGCAGCAGCAGCCGAAGUAGCAGUCGCAGCAAGAAACGGAAGAGCCGCCGAAGCAAGAGCCGUCGAAGGCGGAAAGAUAGGAGUAGCUCUGACAGCUCCAAGAAAGAGAAGGAAGAAGCUGAGGGAAAGGAAGAGAAAAAGGAGAAGGAGAAAGAGAAUGAGAAGGAGAAGCACAAGGAGAAGGAGAAACAUGACGAGAAGGACAAGCAAAAAGAGAAGGACAAGGAAAAGAAAGAGAAGAAAAAGAAAGACAAGGAGAAGGAGGAAAAGGAGGAGAAGAAGAAAGACAAGGCUGUUGCAGAGCGUUGCAUUGGAUUGAGAGGUUCUCGAAAACUAACAGUGCUCCAGGCACAGGUCUUGCUGCGACAUGGGCCGAUGGCCUCUAAGGGCUUGGUGGGCUGGCUGGACGUGGACUUGAGCGAGGAGGGUACCAAGGAGGCGGCGGCAGCGGGAAAGUUGUUGAAGGAGAAAGGCCGCUCGGUGCGCUGUGCAUGGACGGCGCUCAUGGAGAUGGAUCACUUCGCCAUGCCGGUGAUCAACUCCUGGAGGCUGAACGAGCGCCACUUUGGGGACUUGCAGGGCAAAGAGGGCGUUGGACUCCUUGGCCGUUUGGGAGUUUUCUUGGAUGCUUUGCAGAUGUAUCCUAUGUCCAGGCAAUUACUCGUCCACCGAGGUCAAACGGUUCAUCUCGCGAUUUGGACGACACGGAAAGCGCUUUGCGGCUCCAUGGAGCCGUUGCUGGAGGAGCCGCAGCCCUGGACCUGGGCGAUCGAUCGCUACUUCAGCAUCUCAUUGCGUGGCUCCACGAUCGCCACGGAGCUGCGGGCAGGAACCACUGCAUUCUUGGCGACUGCCAACAACUUCGUGGUGAAUGCACACAUUAUGUCCCAUGCAGGCCUCCACCCUGAGACCUCCUUGGUGAGUGGCGCCUUUGCUGCGGGCGUCACCUGUAUCUUGUGCGGCAUGCUGAGCAACCUCCCGUUGGGAUUGGUUCCAUCUGUGGGUCCAAAUGUCUACAUCGCUUACAGCUUGGUGGGGCCACGCUUGUUUUCCACCCAGCAGGCCUUGGCCAUUUCCGCCACAUCUGGCGUUUGCUUGGUUCUGCUGUCGUUAACGCCUUUGCUUCGCAUUGUUCUGGGGCUCAUGCCCUUGAGCAUCAAGUACGGCCUGUUGGUCGGUACCGGUCUUCUCACUGCCUUCAUUGGCCUCAAAUCCAUUGGUGUCGUGACGGCGGGGGAGGACAUCGUUGCAUUGGGUGAUUUGAACAGCACAGCCUUUGUGAUCUCCGCCGCCUCUUUAGUCUUCACGGCUUCGCUCCUGUACAAUGCGGUCACGGGAGCAGUCUUGCUCGGCAUGCUAUCUUCCACCCUGAUUGCUUGGAUCUACUUGGAUGAUUGGCCAACCAAGAUCUUCGCACUGCAAGGGCUCAGCUUUUCCAUGCCGAACUUCGAUGCUCUUAGCCAACAGCAGGCUUUCUCCGAGAUCGCGUCCUUGAUGCUCAUGUUACUCUUCUCCCUCAGUGGGGCCAUAAUUGGAACCGCCAAGAUGGCGGGGCUGCUGCAAGAAGAUGGUGGCGUCCGAGGGAGCACCGCAGUCUACAUGUCCAGUGGACUGGGAACCCUACUGGCAGCCUUCCUUGGCACCUCUCCGAUCUUCGUGAGCAUGUCCGCCGCCGCGGGUGUGCGCGAUGGAGGAAGGACCGGAUUGGUGUCCUUGGUGAUUGGUGUCUAUUCCCUGCUGACAGCUUUCGUCCUCUCACCACUGGCAUCUGCCAUUCCCGAAUGUGCAAUUGCACCCGUGCUAGUGCUGGUGGGUGUUUCGAUGACUGGGGAGGCAAGGGAGAUCCAAUGGUGGAACAUGCUGGAUGCACUACCAGCCUUUCUCUGUGCAGUCUUCCAGCCCUUCACGUAUAGCGUCUCCAAUGGGAUCUACGCAGGUGUCGCCAUGUCCUUCAUCCUCUUCUUUACAACUGGAAGUUUCCUGGCGUACAUUCCCUCCUUCCAGAAGACAGAGCCCCGCGGGCUGGUGGAGGAAGUGAGCGCCAUGAUCGAACAUUCCCCGCAGCAACGUUACUCGAGUCCCAAAGUGGUCCCAGAAGAGGAGGACUCGGAUGUUGCACCAGUAAGGCAAGGGCUCAUUCACCUUGGCCUGUCUGGCAAGCAAGAGGCACUUCACCUCCUGGAAAGUGCUGCGGAGAUGUUGGGAUUGGACUCUAAGAAGAUGAUGGAGGUGGUUCUCGAACGCUUGGACGCUGGCCGGAAUGUGGAGUCACAUUACAUGGGCGGAAUCCCAGGCUUUGAGACGGCCAUGGCGGACCAAGAACUACACCGGCGACACCUCUUCCGACGCAGCUCUGAGCACCACAUGGACGCCGCCUCCAUCGCCGCGCGUGCGCUGCGUAACCGUCGGAGCAUGUGA